AUGGCUGAGCCCGAGAAGACAGAACUCGAGGCUCUCGAGGUCGUGCGCGAGCGCGCCCAAGAUGCCGAUGCUUUCAUCGAUGAGAUGGAGCAGAAGCUCCAAGAAGCUGGUGGACUUGAGACCGGUUUCUUCCACAUCCAGUUCAAGAACCCCAAGCACUUCACAUGGCUGCUCGUCGCCUUUGCCAGUAUGGGUGGUUUGCUGUCGGGUAUUGACCAGAGUACCAUCUCCGGCGCGAACCUCUACCUUCCAAAAGACCUGCACCUAGACUCAAGGCAGAAUAGUUUGGUAAACUCGGGUAUGCCUUUGGGUGCUGUCGGUGGUGCUCUGAUUCUCUCUCCCUGUAACGAGUACCUUGGACGAAAGUGGUCGAUUAUCAUCUCUCUGAUCUUGUAUACUAUCGGUGCUGCCCUGGAGGCUGGGUCAAUUAACUUUGGCAUGAUGGUUGCUUCUCGUGUCAUCCUUGGUGUCGGUGUCGGUCUCGAGGGUGGUACCGUCCCUGUUUAUGUCGCCGAGACCGUCGAACGCCGCAUCCGUGGUAACUUGGUGUCACUGUACCAGUUCAACAUUGCCCUCGGAGAGGUCCUUGGAUACGCCAUCUCCGCCAUGUUCCUGCGCGUCGACGGCAAUUGGCGUUACAUUCUUGGAUCAUCGCUUGUCUUUUCAACAAUCAUGUUUUUUGGAAUGCUGUUUCUCCCGGAAAGUCCUCGUUUCCUCAUCCACACCGGCAAAACUCUCGACGCAUACAAGGUCUGGAAGCGCAUUCGUGGUAUUGAUACUGCCGAAUCACGGGACGAGUUCUUCAUCAUGACGGCUUCUGUCCGCCAGGAGGAGAAUCAGGUCAACGAGGGUGCUGUGAACAAGCGCUUCCCUUGGAUGGACUUCUUCACUGAACCUCGCGCCCGCCGCUCCCUCAUCUACGCCAACAUCAUGAUCAUCCUCGGCCAGAUGACCGGAAUCAACGCCAUCAUGUACUACAUGUCAGUCCUGAUGAACCAAAUCGGCUUCAACGAAGAAAACGCAAACUACAUGUCCCUCGUCGGCGGCGGGUCCCUGCUGCUCGGAACCAUCCCCGCCAUCUUCCUCAUGGAGUCCUUCGGCCGCCGCUUCUGGGCGAUCGUCACCCUCCCGGGCUUCUUCAUCGGUCUCGUCCUCAUCGGCGCCAGCUACCAAGUCGACAUGAAGACCGACCUCAUGACCGUCGAAGCCCUCUACCUCACCGGCCUGAUCGUCUACCAGGGCUUCUUUGGCUGCUACGCCUGUCUCACCUGGGUCGUCCCGUCGGAAGUCUACCCAACCUACCUCCGCUCUUACGGCAUGACCACCUCCGACGCCCUCCUCUUCCUGAUGUCCUUCAUCGUCACCUACAACUUCACCUCCAUGCAGGAGGCCAUGGGCAAGACCGGUUUGUCUCUUGGCUUCUACGGCGGCAUUGCGGCCGUCGGCUGGGUGUACCAAAUUUUCUUCAUGCCUGAGACCAAGGAUAAGACGCUUGAGGAGAUCGAGGAGGUUUUCUCUCGCCCGACUAUGGAUAUUGUGAGGGAGAACUGGGCCGGUGUUAAGGAGACUUGUGGCAACCUUGCCCGUGGCAACUUUAGGAAGGUCUUUGUUGAGCAGACGAAACGCCGGAUGAGUGUGCAUGAGGCGGAGAUGAAGGGGAUGGCUUAG